AUGAAAUUAAAAAUGGACAUCACACUUCCUAAACUCAAAUACAAGAUGGGGAAGGAACCAGUGAGUGGGUUCAAGGUCAUAGACAAGUACUCGGAUUUCAAGUACAUCGACAAAGUGAAGGAGAUACUCGGGCCUGAGCAGUUUAAGAGAAUCGAGGAUUCUUUCUUGGGUCCAGUUUUGCAGUUCUGUUCACAAAAUCUCUAUAUGUCAGGGAAGAUGAUCUACACCAUUCUGACCAAGAGCCUGGUAACCAAGAAAGACAAGGAGCUAUGGUUUCAUUUUGGUGGACAUCCUAUGAGAUUCUCUAUAAUAGAAUUUCUUAUGGUCACAGGGCUGAAAUGCACAGAAUGGUUGCUUGAUGUUGAGGAAGAGGCAAACAACUAUGAGUGGGCUGGAUGGGAGGAUGGGCAUUUACCUGACAAGCUAAUAGAACUCAUGAUCGAAGCCGGAGAAGAUGCUCAUGAUGAGAGGUUUUCUUUGGCUAUGUUACAGCUCAUCGAGACAAUUUUUCUGCAUAGGUAUUCGAAGGCUAUGUUUCCCACAUCUAAUUUACAGACCGAGCAACACAUGGAUGUAUUGCUGAAUCAUCAUAGGGGGAUAGAUGCCUACGAAAUGCUGUUAAAAUCAGUGAAGAAGGCUGUGGAGAACAGUCUAGAAAAGGCCACUUAUAGACGGGUUCCUUGUUGCGCUUCACCUAUAGAUCUUGGAAUCCGUACACAAGCUGCAAUCGGCUUUCUCUAA